GAAACUGACAGCUAGAGUAAACCUCUGAGUGUUUUUUCGCUCCACGUGAAGAUUGAAAUAGCUUGUGAAACAUUUUGAAAAUACAUAAAAUCAAUAAAAAAGAAAAGUAAUUAUGGCGGUCCGUGUGCAAUUUGAAAAUAAUAAUGAAGUGGGAGUGUUUAGUAAACUAACAAAUUCAUAUUGCCUCGUAGCGAUCGGUGGAUCGGAAAAUUUCUAUAGCGUGUUUGAAGCUGAACUAGCGGACACAAUACCAGUUGUGCAUGUGAGCAUCGCUGGAUGUCGGAUUAUCGGGAGAAUGACUGUUGCCAACAAAAAUGGACUUCUUGUACCGUCUUCAACCACAGACACAGAACUACAGCACAUACGCAACAGUCUACCGGACACCGUUAAAGUACAGAGAGUCGAGGAGCGGCUUAGCGCUCUCGGCAAUGUCAUCGCUUGCAACGACUAUGUUGCAUUAGUACACCCAGAUUUAGACAAAGACACUGAAGAAAUCCUCGCUGACACACUAGAUGUAGAAGUUUUUAGGCAAACUGUGGCAGGAAAUGUACUGGUAGGGUCAUAUACUGCGUUAACUAACCGAGGUGGUCUCGUCCACCCCAAAACUACUAUACAAGAUCAAGAUGAACUUUCAUCUCUAUUACAAGUACCAUUGGUGGCAGGCACAGUUAACCGAGGCAGUGAUGUUGUUGCUGCUGGCCUUGUUGUUAAUGAUUGGAGUGCAUUUUGUGGAAUGGAUACCACAUCUACAGAAAUUUCAGUGAUUGAGAGUGUGUUCAAGCUUAAUGAUGCUAAGCCAACAGCUAUCACAUCAACUAUGCGAGCCUCACUCAUCGACAGUAUGUCAUAACCCUGAACUACGCCACGAGCCUGUUUAGUGUUAAAUAUCCAUGUGAUAAUUUUAAGUUCAGUUUUGACAUUGUAUAAAUUUCUGUUGAUCAGAUGCUACCAAACAGAUCACCUUUUUUAUUACAUAAGUAAAUAAAUAUCAAAAUUGUA